AUGUCCAGGCAAUCCAACCGAACAACAGACAGCAAGAAGAUGAACUCUGAGCUGUUCACAUUGACCUACGGGGCCCUGGUCACCCAGCUCUGUAAAGACUAUGAGAAUGACGAGGAGGUCAAUAAACAGUUGGACAAGAUGGGCUACAACAUUGGGGUGCGUCUGAUCGAGGACUUCCUGGCCCGUUCCAGCAUUGGCAGGUGUCAGGAUUUCCGAGAAACGGCCGACGUCAUCGCCAAGGUGGCGUUUAAGAUGUACCUGGGUAUCACCCCCAGUGUGACCAACUGGAGUCCAGCAGGAGACGAGUUCUCCCUCAUUCUAGAAAGCAACCCCCUGGUCGACUUUGUGGAGCUGCCGGACAACCACAGCACGCUCAUCUACUCCAACCUGCUGUGUGGAGUCCUCAGAGGAGCCUUGGAGAUGGUCCAGAUGGCCGUGGACGUGAAAUUUGCCCAGGACACUCUUAGAGGGGACAGCGUCACAGAGAUCCGUAUGAAGUUCAUCAAGAGGAUUGAAGAAAACCUCCCGGCAGGAGACGAAUGA